UCUCCGCAUCCACCAAACAAAGCGAGGAGAAUACAAAACGGCCUCGCUCUGUCGCAGGCUUCGAGCGCUCAGCACCCUGCUCACGCCGCCGCCGCCGCCGCCGCCGCCGCCUGCCCGGCGCGAACAUGAAGGCCAUCGGGAGCGGCGGGGAGUGGUGGUGGAACCUCCCGUCUCUCCGCCGCAAGUCCGACUCCCGCCGCCGCGGCCGCCGCAACACCGACCCCCGGGGCCGCCGCCGCGGUCCCCCGCGAGAGCCGCUCUCGUCGUCCUCGGAGUCCAUCGGCCAGAGCAGCGGCUGGCCCAUCAAGUUUCCCUUCAGGCAGGCGGUCACCGCCGCCUGUCUCACCUUCACCGGCGACACCAUCGCGCAGGUCCGCGGCCGCAUCGUCGACCGCCGAAGACGCGGCACCGAACCCGACAGCAAGGAACUGAUACCAGACAUAUUGCUGAACCAUGACUGGCUUCGUGCACUUCGUAUGACUUCCUAUGGAUUCCUUCUUUAUGGUCCAGGAUCCCAUGCAUGGUAUCAGUUUCUUGAUCGGUGCAUGCCCAAGCAGACAUUUGUAAAUUUGUCCACUAAGGUCAUACUGAACCAGAUCCUACUUGGUCCUUGUGUUAUUGCUAUAGUUUUUGCUUGGAACAACUUAUGGUCAGGGAAAUUGUCAGAGCUGCCAUCUAAAUAUCAGAAUGAUGCCCUUCCUGCACUUCUAUAUGGGUUUAGGUUUUGGAUUCCUGUAUCAGUUGUCAAUUUUGGGAUGAUUCCUUUGCCUGCUCGUGUUGCCUUCAUGUCCUCUUGUUCCAUUUUUUGGAACUUCUAUCUAUCUACUACUAUGAACAAAUGAAACCGCCGGCUCAUCAGGGUAUGUACGAGCCUCGUUCAUCAUGUUAUGUACCUCCCAAUGCAAAAUUUCUGAUCCGGUUAUUGGUUAUAUUCAUCAAAUAGAGGAGAAUGUGCAGGAGAUAGUUUCAGCAGGCAUAACAGUACACUGUAAGGUUUCUCCCUCUCUGACAGUUCCGGUGGAUCAGGAUAAGGUCACUGCAAAACUUAUUCUAGAUGUUGAUGAGCAUAAGAUCAAUGGAAGAGGUGAAGUUUUUGUCUAAUGUAUGGAGCACCUGGCUCCAUUCUGAUUUCAAAACUCAAAGGUCGUUGAAUUUGUUAUUUAGGAUAUGUGCUGAAUUAGCUUUACUUCAAUGACAAUGGUAUAUUGACAUUCAUCUCUGAAUAAGAUGGUGUAUUCGUUAUUGCUAAGAGGAAUUUAUGAAUUCAUUGCUGGAUGUUGUAUCUUA